UCUCGAUCAGUUAGUAAUCCCGAUUCAACGCCUCAAACUCCUUGUUCGAGGUGACGCGAGGCCCCCCUGACAACCGAGCCACCUACCCAUUCCCUCUCUGUCUUUAGCACGGGUCGGCAACCGUUUAAAAGCACAGCAUUUUGUUUUAGUUGUAGCUGACCCUCCAAUCUUCCCUAGUUUUGUUUCAUCCUACUAUACUACCCUUACCAUGGCGGCGAGUGCGAAACGAAAACAAGAGGAGAAACACCUGAAGAUGCUGAGAGAAAUGACGAGUUUGACUCCCAACAGAAAGUGCUUUGACUGCGACCAGCGCGGCCCAACCUAUGCCAAUAUGACUGUGGGCUCCUUCGUAUGUACCUCAUGCUCUGGCAUCCUACGAGGACUGAAUCCACCCCACAGAGUCAAGUCCAUCUCCAUGACAACUUUCACGCAACAGGAAAUCGACUUCCUACAGAAACAUGGCAAUGAGGUGUGUAAGCAGAUUUGGCUUGGCCUUUAUGAUGACAGAACUUCCUCAAUACCAGACUUCAGAGAACCACAGAAAGUCAAGGAGUUCCUUCAGGAUAAAUAUGAGAAGAAGCGAUGGUACGUACCUCCUGAGCAGGCCAAGGUAGUGGCAUCCGUCCAUGCUUCCAUCUCUGGCUCCUCAAACAGCAGCACCAGCAGCACCCCGGAGGUUAGACCACUCAAAUCCCUGCUGGGGGAGUCGGCCCCCUCCUUACAUCUCAACAAGAACACCCCACCUAAUCAGUCUCCAGUAGUGAGCCGUGGACAAACCCAUCAGCAGCAGUUCCAUGACAAGAGGUUUGACCUCCUCAGUGACUUGGGUGGAGACAUCUUCGCUGCACCGCCCAACAUGAAUGCUGGCACCAGCUCCGGUUUUGCUAACUUUGCACAUUUCAACAGCCACACAACAGCACAGAUUGCCAGCGCAAAUGCAGACUUUGCUAAUUUUGAUGCAUUCGGGAGCACUUCUGGGUCGACGGGUGCUUUCCCCUCUGCACCCCAAGCCCCGUUCCAUCCCUCAAAUACAGCGUUCACUGUGCUCUCAUCCAGCCGCAGUAUGGGUGAGUUUGCCUCUGCUCUGCAUCUCCGGGGUGCACACAGUAGCACCUCAGGGGGACUAGCAAAUGCCAGUUUUGCAAAUUUUGACAACUUCCCCAAAUCGUGUAGUGCUGACUUUGGAUCCUUCAGUUCCUCCUCCCAGAGUAACCCCACAGGAGCUGGCAAAGAUGCAGUACAGAGUACUAGCGUCCCUGCUGAUAAAUACGCAGCCCUGGCUGACCUGGAUAACGCGUUUAGCUCUGCCAAAACAGAGCAAGGAGGAGGUAUUCCUGGCGGGGUGAGCUCAGCCACAGCGUCGGCAGCAGCAGCAGGUGUGAGUGGUUUGCCUCAGAAGCAGCCAUCAGGGGGGGACCGCUAUGCUGCUCUAGCUGAGCUUGAUACAGUCUUCAGCUCCUCAGCCCCUGCCACCAGUGUUUACAACAGCACCAGCACCUCACAAGGGGGUAUGUUUGGUCCAGAUACUGGGGUGUCAACAGCACAAGCACAGCAGGCCCUACCUGGCAUGACUCAAGGAUUUGGAUCAGCUCAGUCAACUAAUCCAUUUGUAGCUGCUGGAGUUGGCCCAGCUUCCACCAACCCCUUCCAGAGCAACGGCAGAGCAGCAAAUAUGGCGGCGGCAGCAGCAGCGGCAGCAGCAGCAUCAUUUGGCACAGGCUCCAUGAGUAUGCCAGCUGGAUUUGGGAACGCUGCAGCCUACAACCUCCCCACCAGUUUUAGUGGAACCUUUCAGCAACCUUUUCCUGGCCAGGCUCCCUUCCCUCAGCCUCCUGCCUAUCCCCAGCAACCUAACGGUGGAGGAUUUCCGGCCUUUGGUCCAGCCAAGCCUGUAGUGACUCCUUUUGGGCAGCCAAUGGCUGGACCUGUGGUCUCCAGCAACCCUUUCCUGGGUGUGGGUCCUUCUGCACAAUAUCCUGCAGGAGGCUCCUCAACAAAUCCCUUCUUAUAGCGAUCCAUCCAAUCAGCUCCACUACAGGGUCAACAGCUGGCACGCUUGCACCUAUUGCACUGUUUUGUUUCACAAGUAGCUUUAAAAACACGAUGUUUGUAAGAUUUGUAUUUUCUAUCGCAGUUUGUCAUGGAUGGAACAAUUUGACAGACAGUCAUACUGGUACUGUCUAUGUCUACAAAACAAAGUGAUGGUGUGUGCAAAGGGGCAUCGCCUCUGCUCUAUUUAACCUGUGAACUGGCCUCUACUGAACCACAAUGUAUAAUCCAACUGGCUGAAAACUUAAGUUAUUGCAUACAGUGUGUCUCAUUCAUUAUGCUGCAAUUCUGUACAUAUUAUUUUUCUUUUAGCUAAUUAGCUCUUUCUUCAUAUCAGUAUUUGUACCUGACACACAUGAUUUGUUAAGACAGAACUGUUGCUUGGAAAAGCUAAUGGGUACUGCCACUUGCUGUAUUUGUGAAGAACCAAACUGUUUCUUUGUGCAGGAUCCUUUUAGGUAAAUUGUUCUAAUGUUCUAAUGCGAUAUAAGGAGGAGUCACUGCUGCCUCAGGGAUUUGCAGGGUACUUGUUUCUCUGCCAUCCCCUGUCCUGCUGAUAGAGACCCAGGCCACAGUGCUUCUGAACUACAGUCCGCCACAUCCAUGUGGGGCUAACAGGAAUGGCCGAUGAGCUGAAAACCACUUGCAUUGGGUAUUGAGAAUUUUAAGUUAAUUUGUAAAUAUAUACAGUAUAUAUAUUAAAAAUGAAUUUUAAGUAAGACAAAAA